UGCUAUGCCAACAGUCUCAGUGACAAAUUCAUCCAGCAAUGUCAGUUCUCGGGAGGGAGAGUUGGUUGCAGUUCCAACCACUUUAACUGCCCUAUUGAUUAAUGUUGUUGAACACUGUUUUCUGGGUUCUCCUCAGGGUAUCGUGGCAACAUAUUGAACGCCGCCGCGCAAUGAAACUCGCAAUUUUCAGUCAUUUCUACCAAUACUUGCAGGUAUGCAUCGGUGCCUGGCUCGCCGUGGGUUUUGGAGCCACGACUCGGCUACCCCCACUUCGGCCAACCCCGGGUCGGCGAGCCGCGAACCCGGCUUGGGUAAAACAAAACGCCAAAACAAUAACUGGCAGUUGGACACGCAUUAUCACAGGAGGAAAGUUGGAUAAUAACGCUGUGUGUUUUCCAAUAUAGGUGGGAGGUUAAAUUUAAGUGAAAGGUAUGACGAAAGAUAGGAAAUAUAGAGGAAAUGGGAAGCCCAAAUAUAAAGGCUGCAAAUAAUUGUAAGAUCGAUAAUCUCAAAACACAAUCUAAGGUUGAAUAGCAG